AUGUUCAGGAAAAACGGAUUGGUACCUGACGCUCCCUUCACGCUGAACGGAAAGAAUAUCUCUGAAUGCUCUAGCUAUGUGUAUUUAGGUCGGGAAGUCAACAUAGUGAAAGACCUAGCUCCGGUGCUGUGCAGAAGGAAACGCGCCGCGUGGGGAGCAUCUGAGAAUAUCGAGGGAGUAGUGAAGAAGACAAAGAAUAUCUGGCUCCGCGCUCACCUUUUCGACACUGCUGUUCUUCCUGCUUCGACGUACGCCUCAGAGACUUGGAUUAUACGAAGGCAGGAUGAGCAUGCUGUCAGCGUUGCUCAACGCGCUUUGGAAAGGACGAUGCUCGGAAUUUCCCUGUGCACGCAAGUGUAA